CGACUGAAAGUACCGACUUACGGCAGUGAAAGCAGGCCUUCCGGUGUAGCAAAGCGUGUUUGUUUUCCUUUUGACAGGAGCGUUUCCCCGCUGGCAUAGCUACGAUGGGAAUAGAAGAAGAAGCGGACCGGACACUAUUUAUAAGAAAUUUGGAUUCUAAAGUCAGUUUGGAAGUCUUUCAUGAUGUGACUGGUUGUGUUUUGCAGGCAGGACCUCUCGUCAGAACUAAAAUCCCAAAAGAUACAGAAGGGAAGCAGAAAACGUUUGGUUUCGUCGUGUACAAACAUGACGUGUCGGCGCCCUAUGCCAUGCAACUGCUGGACGGAACGUCUCUGUUUGGGAGGAACAUCCACGUCCAGUUCAGAUCAGGCAGCAGUCAUGGCAGCAGUCCUGGAAACUCUCAGAAUUCAACUCCUGCAAAUACUCCAAAUCCUCACGGCCAGAGAACCCCGGCCCAGUUCAGCUCUCCCUCAUACAGCCAUCAACCUCCAAUGCAGAGGUCUUUCUCAUCCCCUGAUAGCCUACAGAAGCAUGCUAUGAUGAACAACGUGAUGUGGCAGUUCCACAUGCAGCAGGUUGAGCAGCUCAAUGACGCUUUCACUACACCUCCACAGCGGCAAAACUCUGGAGGUAGAAGUUCCGUCGGAGGGGGCUCCAGGCACCACGACAACGCCCCCUAUCGCCAUCACCCAUCCAAGAUGGGCAGCGGCGGCAGGACCCCCGGCUACAGGGACGAGCCCACGUACCAGCAGCAGCAGCACAGCCACGGCCGAGAGUCCUACCACCAGCAGAACAACCGCAGCGGGAACCGCUAUCCCGACAGCAGAGGCGGGAACAGACAUUACGACGACAGGGGCGGCGACCGCGGUUACCAAGACAACAGAUGGCGACGAUACUGAGUCACACGAAGGACUUUUUCACUUGUUUUUUAAAGAAUGUCUGAGUUUUGUUUAAAAAAGAAUCAUUUGGUCCUCUCAGGUUGUUUGCUUUUUAACGAUGUUUUUAAAUUGGAACUCUUUGAUGUGAGAUUUCCUCACAGAUGUUAUUAUUUUUAGCCAUGGACUUGAGCAAGGGCACAUUUCAGAUAUCACUGCAAGAGAUUCUGGAAGUUAAAAAAAGACAUGAACAAAAAAAAAACAUUUUAUGUUUGGGAAAUUAAUUUAAAUGGUGCUAAUGAAAAUGUUCUGGUGCUUUUCAAUUUUUUUUAAGAUCUUUAACCAGCAACAACAUGGCACCAGGUUUUCCAAAUUUUCAAUGUGCUCUUUCUGGGCUUAUUACCAAUUUUAUUUUUGCAGUUUUGAUCUGUAAGAUGUGUUUUAAAACCAACAUUCUUAUAAAUCUCUUUUCAUGA